GUCUAUUUUACCAGCGUUGCUGAGUUUUUUUGCUGUUAUUUUAAUCAAUAUGCCGAAGCGGUUCCCUGGCAUUGUCGUCUUUUUUUGUCUUCCUUUUUAAAUACAAAAAAAAAUAAAAAACUGAGAAUGACUUGGGCAAGCACUUGUUUUACGCGAGCACUUCAGUUGCGUUAUCCAAUUGUGCAAGCACCGUGUGCCGGACAUACGACUGUGGAUCUCGUGGCAGCUGUGAGCAAUUACGGUGGGCUUGGUUCAUUGGGGGCUGCGACCAUGUCGGCCGACACAUUGCGUCAAUCCAUACGGUCCAUCCGUGAAAAGACAUGCCAUCCUUUUGCUGUCAAUAUCUUUUGUCGUCCGGAUCCUCCUGUCACGCACACCAUGCUCCAACAGCAGUAUGAGGCAGACAAGGAGCUCGCAGCUAUCCGUGCGCAGCUUCAUCUUUCAGAACCCGAACAGUAUACGCUUCGUUCGCCGCCGCUUGAUGACCAGAUAGCCGUGAUUCUCGAGGAAAAAGUGAAAAUCGUAUCUUUUACGUUUGGCACCUUGCCACCCAAACUAUUGGACCAAUUGUGGGAAGCCGGGGUCUACACGAUUGGCACUGCGACAACGGUUAACGAGGCGUUGUUCCUCGCUGGAUUGGAAUCCGGCAGUACUCGGCGUCAAGCCCAUUGCAUCGUCGCACAGGGCUUACAAGCUGGCGGACAUCGAGGUACCUUUUUAAACGCACCGGAUGAACAGCAAUCGACGCUCCAAUUAGUGCGAUCCAUCAAAGAGGCAUUUGCAAAGUAUCCAGACGCCAUCCCUGUGCCUAUUCUUGCGGCCGGCGGAUUAUCAAAUGGUGCCCAAGUGUACGAAGCUUUGAACAAGGCUCAAGCGGAUGGUGUCGUGCUUGGCACGCUAUUUAUGUUAUCCAAAGACUCUUCGACUCCGGACGCCCAUCGACGCGUGCUCUUGGAAAGCCAAGAAAAAACCAAGCUGACACGAUCGUUGACCGGCCGCUUCGCCCGUGGGUAUCCCAAUGCAUUCAUGAACCGUAUGGAGACCGUCCCUGACGACGGGAUCCCGUGCUACGACAUUCACUCUUCGAAAACCAAAGACAUUGUAACCUACGCUACGCAGCAUGGCAUGGCCGAUUACAUGCUACUUUGGUCGGGCAGCAACGCUCUUGAUGCGGCCAGCUUUACCAACCAGGCCACUUUAUCAGCUACUGAAGUGAUGGACAAAUUGGUUCAAGAAGUAAAUACCCUUGACGACACAAAGUAAAAACCCUCACUAUCUCGAUCCGGUAUUAAAAUAAAGUUUUAUUCGUUGUCAAUACGACAACAAUGUUGGGAUAG